GCCAGAGCCCUAGGCAGGCAGGCACGCCCUGCUCCUUCCGGCCAGCGGCCCGCACCUCACAGGCACCGGCUCUGGGGCCCACGGCACACGGGGGACGUCAGAUGGACACUGCGAUGGAAGCCGACCCAGGAGCCACUGGCCUCGGGCCCCGCACAGAGCUGGACGAUGAGGACUACUAUCCCCAGGGUGUCUGGGACACGGUCUUCCUGGCGGCCCUGCUGCUCCUGGGGCUGCCGGCCAACGGGCUCAUGGCGUGGCUGGCCGGCUCGCAGGCGCGGCAGGGAGCGGGCACGCGGCUGGCCCUGCUCCUGUUCAGCCUGGCCCUCUCCGACUUCUUGUUCCUGGCGGCGGCGGCCUUCCAGAUCCUGGAGAUCCAGCGCGGAGGGCACUGGCCGCUGGGGACGGCGGCCUGCCGCCUCUACUACUUCCUGUGGGGCGUGUCCUACUCCUCCGGCCUCUUCCUGCUGGCAGCCCUCAGCGUGGACCGCUGCCUGCUGGCCCUGUGCCCGCGCUGGUACCCGGGGCACCGCCCGGCCCGCCUGCCGCUCUGGCUCUGCGCCGGGGUCUGGGUGCUGGCCACGCUCUUCAGCGUGCCCUGGCUGGUCUUCCCAGAGGCCGCGGUCUGGUGGUACGACCGGGUCAUCUGCCUGGACUUCUGGGACAGCGAGGAGCUGCCGCUGCGGAUGCUCGAGGUCCUGGGGGGGCUCCUGCCUUUCCUGCUGCUGCUCGGCUGCCACACGCUCACCCAGGCUGCCGCCUGCAAGACCUGCUGCCGUCGCCAGCCACGGCCCGCGGCCCGCCGUGGCUUUGCCCGUGUGGCCAAGACCGUCCUGUCGGCCUACGUGGUCUUGCGGCUGCCCUACCACCUGGCACAGCUGCUCUACCUGGCCUUCCUGUGGGACAUGUACCCCGGCUACCUGCUCUGGGAAGCCCUGGUCUACUCCGACUACCUGAUCCUGCUCGACAGCUGCCUCAGUCCGUUCCUCUGCCUCCUGGCCAGCGCCGACCUCCGGGCCCUGCUGCGCACCGUGCUCUCCUCCUUCGCGGCUGCUCUCUGUGAAGAAUGGCCCGGCAGCUUCUCACCGGCCGAGCCACAGACCCAGGUGGAUUCUGGGGCUCAGACUUUGCCAGGGCCCAUGGCCGGGGCCCAACCCCAGGUGACCUCCAUGGCCCAGCCACAGGCCAACCCCACAGCCCAGCCACAGUUGGAUUCUGUGGCCACCGCACAGGCGGAUCCCUCAGCACAGCCACAGCUGGAUUCUGUGGCCCGUCCACAAUUAGAUUCUGUGGCACCCCCACAGGCGGACCCCUCAGCACAGCCACAGUUGGAUUCUGUGGCCCCCCCACUGUCAGAUUUUGUGGUCCAGCCUCCGCUGAACUCCUCAGCUCAGCUGCAAGUGAACCAUGAUGCCCAGCCCCGUUUGGACUUUGUGGCUCAGCCACAAGUGAGCCCUAAGGCCCAGACCCCCGGACCCACUGCCAGCUCAGCCCCCAGCCCCUGCGAUGAAGCCUCUUCUGCUCCUUCCACCGAUCCCGCCCCAGAAGCCCCUGAGAACCCAGCAGUGCCUCCUGCCUCUGACGGAGAAAGCCCCAGGAAUGUCCCCCCGCAGGAGGCCCCUGGAACAGGCCCCACAUGAGGGUCCAGGAAAGCCCAGGCCCAUCAGGGUAGUGGAAGAGCUUGAGGGAGACAGAGGAACCAGCCAGACGGAGAGGAGGGGAGCCGUGGAGGCAGUCAUCAUGGAAAACCCCACCCAGUCCCCUGGGCCUGGCAGGAGGACUUUGGGGAAGUGAAAAUGAAGCACCAGAAAGUCCCAGGCAGUUUGUCGUGAGCGUCUCGCCCCUACGCAGGUCCCAUUCCACUUUUCCACGCUUGCCCUACCCCCAGUGGCCCAAUAGCCAGAGCCGAUGCUCCCCUGUGGGGGGCACUCGGCCCAAGAGUCUCCCCCUAGCC